CUGUUUUUGUUAUGUUAUUUGGACUUCCCCUUCACCGCAAUUCCUCUCGUUGGCUUGCGACGAAGAUCGAAGAGGAAGAACGCAGGAUCGCGCUAGAAGUUGAAGGCGAAAUCCUUUGUUUUUUUCUUUGGACGGAUUUCGAACCCUAACCCAGAUUCUCAGUUUCUCGAUAGCCUUCGAAGCGGAGGAAUGAUUGUUACGCCGCCAUUGGAGUGAUCGAGGAACCUAAUCCGUUGACCAUGUCCUCUUCGUCUCCCGCCGUCAAUCCUCAGUCACCCAGCCUCAAGACCUACUUCAAGACCCCGGAGGGAAGAUACAAAUUGCAGUACGAGAAGACCCACCCGGCCGCCGUUCUGCACUACUCCCACGGCAAGGCCGUCUCCCAGUUGUCUAUUGCUUAUCUCAAGGAGAAGCCAGCGAACCAGGCGUCGGCUGCACCGUCGACCCCGAGCGCUAGCGGUGUGAGGUCAGCAGCGGCUAGGCUGCUUGGUGCUGGAAAUGGAAGCCGGGCGCUCAGCUUUGUCGGUGGUAAUGGGGCGAAUCGGGUGGUCUCAGGGAGCAGCAAGAUUGGAGGGUCUGUUGGAACCUCCGUAGGAUCAAGUAGCUCACAGCUGGUAGCCAAUUAUGAUGGAAAGGGCACUUAUCUUAUCUUCAACAUGGCUGACACUCUUUUCAUUAGCGAUCUCAAUUCGCAAGACAAGGAUCCCAUCAAGGCCAUAAAUUUCAGCAACUCGAAUCCAGUUUGCCAUGCCUUUGAUUCAGAGGCGAAGGAUGGGCAUGAUUUGCUUAUUGGUUUGCACUCUGGAGAUGUAUAUUCAGUGUCAUUGAGGCAACAACUACAGGAUCCAGGAAGGAAGCUUGUUGCAGCUCAUCAUUACAACAAGGAUGGCGCCAAUGGCAAUAGUAGAUGCACUUGUAUUGCAUGGGUCCCAGAAGGCGAUGGCACAUUUGUUGUUGGUUAUGCUGAUGGAAAUGUAUAUGUAUAUGAAAAAUGCAAAGAUGGGACUGUUGAUUGUUCUUUUCCUGUCAUUAAAGAUCAAACUCAAUUUAUAGUUUCACAUGCACGGUCAAGUAAGAGCAAUCCUGUUGCUAGAUGGCGAAUUUGUCAGAGUUCAAUUAAUAAUUUGUCUUUUUCAUCUGAUGGAACAUGUUUAGCUACUGUUAGUAGAGAUGGUUAUUUAAGGGUUUUUGAUUUUGCAAAAGAGCAACUAAAAUUUGGUGGGAAGAGUUAUUAUGGUGCCUUGUUAUGUUGUGCUUGGAGUUUGGAUGGUAAAUAUAUUUUGACUGGUGGAGAAGAUGAUCUGGUGCAAGUAUGGAGUACUGAGGAUAGAAAGAUAGUAGCCUGGGGCGAGGGCCAUAAUUCAUGGGUUAGUGGAGUUGCUUUUGAUUCGUAUUGGUCCGCACCAAAUUCAGAAGGAAAUGGCGAAAAUGUUGUGUAUCGUUUUGGCUCUGUUGGUCAGGACACCCAACUACUUCUGUGGGACUUGGCUAUGGAUGAAAUUGCCUUGCCGCUGCGUGGCCCUCCGGGUGGUUCACCUACCUUUGCCAGCAGAAGUCAUUCUGUUCACUGGGAUAGUGUUAUCCCUGCAGGCUCACUCCAACCUGCUCCAAGCAUGCAAGACGUGCCUAAAAUUUCACCUCUAGUUGCCCACAGGGUGCAUGUUGAUCCCCUUUCUGGUGUGAUAUUCACUAAUGAAUCUAUCGUAACAAUUUCGAGGGAGGCACAUAUCAAGAUUUGGAUGAGACCUGGUCAUAGUGACAACAGCCAAUCAAACUCUCCUGAUGCAGUCGCCCCCAUUGCUAUCCUGAAGGAUAAACCUGUCGUUGCAUCUUCCAUUAAGACCAGCGGAUCCAGUUAUAAGCAACCAACAUCAGUCAUUUUCUCAUGAUGAUCUCAUGCGGCUUCGAACGGUUGAUCGGUGUUUCCCUGCGAUUACGAAGCUAAUUUUGCCAGUGGUUCGUCAAUUUACAUCUGAUGCCUCAAUGGCAUCAUUAGAAGAUUUGAGGUGCCGAUCAAGUGGUGUUGCUUCUUUAUCGUGUAAGUUUUUUUGCCAGCACAAAAUGCUGCCAUUUGUGUGGCAGCUGAAGCCAAUAACGGAAUAUACGCUUCUGUAGAUAUAUACUCCCAACAACAGCCUGACAUUAGCCGAUCAUUAACUGUUUUCUCGAAACCUUAUUCUAUUUGUGACAUUAAAAUAUAUCGGGAAAGUAAGUUUUCCACAAUUCGUUUAAGUCGAUGUGGUAAAUACUUAGUUUGGAGUUAAUGUAUCCCAUGCAUUUUAGCUUUUCUGUAUUUUUCAGUCAUCGUUCCUGUGUGUAAUUUGUCCACUCUUCUACAAUGUGAGGAAUGCUUAGUUGUU